AUGAGCGGAAGGGAGCCCGAAGAUCCAUCUGGUCCAUACUUUGAAAUUAUUAAGGUUGGAAGGCAUUGGCACUGGUUUCCAGAUGUCACAAUCUACUACGUAUCUCAAACCAGAAGUAAGUGCGUAGAUGUUAUUCUGAACGCUUUUCAGCUUUUCCACUAGAUCUAUCUCACUCUAAUCAACUUCUGGUUGUGUCAAUUGUCUUAGAGUUUAAGAUUAAAGGAGGCUGCAAAGUAAGGGAAGAUUCGUUGCAGAAUUACCGCGAUAUAACCGUCGUAAUGAACAGGGACGAAAAUCACAUUUUUCAAAUCAGACGCCAAAAAGGAGGAGGUAAAUAAUGCGCUUUGAAGUAAAAAGUUUCUAUCUACACUAGCAAACUGUUCCCCAUUUAAGUUGCAUAUUUUGUGUUUUAGUAUACUCAGUGAACACUGAUGGAUACUGGUUAACUGAACCCAAGACAUUUAGAGUAUGAUUGAGGGCAAAGUAAGGUAAUUUGACUAGUUAAAUUCCUUGAAAAAUUCAGUAAUGAUAUACUGAAGUUCCUGUUUUGCAUGUUUGGUUCACUGAGUAGUUUUACCACUACUGCAGCAUUUCAUUGGUUCUUUAGUACAUGUCAAGGACGACAGUGUAGCUGCGCUAUUCUUCACAAGUUAAGCCAUACUGAAAAUUUGCAAUGAAAAAUUCGUAUGGUCAGCUAACUCAAACGUGUGUAAAUUCGCUGGUGAUUGGCUUGUUCAUUAGAAGUUGGAGAGAAGGAGCAGUUUCUGCAAAAAGAAUAAAGAGCUGUGGAAAAAUUUAGAGUCUUGGUACCUCUCGUUAAUUGGCCUGGCGAGGUUUCUAGUCACAUGGAACCCCUAACAAAGAUUUACACGGUACCCACUUGGAGUAGAACUGAUUAUUAAAAUACUUAUCCCAAAUAAUCUAUCAUUGUUGAAUAAAGCGAUAAAUUAUCUUCAAUUGUAAUAAUUGAAAUACAGCUGUAUGUGGCUUCAUAUAGCCGAAAAGCUAAAAAUAACACGUAUUAAUUUGAUUGAUAGGUAUCAAGUGUAACAAUUAGUCUGCUCAUCAAAACUAAUCUUUUGUUCUUAUUGUAGGUCAUGAGCAUGAAACAACCACAAGGGUUUAGCAUGUCCGUCUAAAAAAAUGUCGACAGUAGGAAUUUAUAUUAGCAAUCGAUCUGAUUUCUAUACACUGUUAACAUCUUUUUAUUCGACUUUGGUUUAAAAUUAAAAAAAUGUGAGGUGCAAACUGCGUCUCUCUGACUAAUAUAGACGAAGUACACGUUUCUUUUGUAACGUUGUCGCACAAUCUCAGGG